ACGAUUGCGACGGUUUGAUUUGAUGCUCUAUCAGCAUUAGAUUUGAGUGAAGUGAACACAAAAAAGUUGUGAAUAUCAAAAAGAAUUCGAUACCGUUAUUUAUUAAACGAAAAAGUACUAAGCGUCGAAUGAAUUAUUUGAUUCAUUAUUCUAAUUAAUUUUAAAUUAAAUUAAUAAUUUAUAAAAAAAAUUGACGUCAAGUUAUAUAAUCGAUAUUGAGGACCAACUCAUUACUCGUUGAUCAUGAAAAGUGUAAUUUUUUGGAGUUUGACAGCAUUUUUUGGAUUUUCACAUGCUGCAUUUAAGUUGGAAGAGCGAUACAGUUGGAAUCAAUUGGACUUUGUGUUUCCAACACGAACGCUCAAAGAUAUUGCAAUUGCAUCGGGAACAUACAUUCCACAAAAUGCAUUACCUGUUGGCAUCGAACAUUGGGGCAACAAAUUAUUCGUUACGGUACCACGUUGGCGAGAUGGCAUUCCUGCAACGUUAACAUACAUUGAUACGGCGCAAACGAUUAGCGGAUCACCACAGUUGAUACCAUACCCCGAUUGGCGUUCGAAUGCGGUUGGAGAUUGUGUAAAUGGACUGAACACAGUAUAUCGCAUCAAAGCUGACAAAUGUGGUCGACUGUGGGUUUUAGAUACCGGUACCAUUGGCAUCGGAAACACAACACAGAAUGUUUGUCCGUACAGUGUAAAUGUUUUCGAUUUGGCAACAAAUACACGCAUCAGACGCUAUGAAUUCCGUGCUGAAGACACAAAUCCCAAUACUUUUAUAGCUAAUACCGUAGUUGACAUUGGAAAAAAUUGUGAAGACACCUUUGCGUACUUCAGCGAUGAGCUUGGCUAUGGAUUAAUUGUGUAUUCGUGGGAGAAAGAUCGUUCAUGGCGUUUUGAGCAUAGUUAUUUCUACCCAGAUCCGUUGCGAGGUGAUUUUAACAUUGGUGGCUUAAACUUCCAGUGGGGUGAAGAAGGAAUUUUCGGAAUGACUUUGUCGCCAACACGCUCUGACGGCUAUCGUACAUUAUUUUUCAGUCCAUUGGCAAGUCAUCGUGAAUUUUCCGUAUCGACUCGAAUUCUCCGUGAUGAAAAUCGUGUUGAUGAUAGUUAUCAUGAUUUCUUCUUUUUCCCCACCGAACGUGGAGCAAAUUCACACACAACCAGUCGCGUGUGCAGCGAAGAUGGCAUCAUGUUAUUCAAUUUGAUUGAUCAAAAUGCAAUUGGAUGUUGGCACACAUCAAUGCCUUACACGCCACAAAAUCAUGGAACCGUUGACCGUGAUGACGAAGGUCUAAUCUUUCCUGCCGAUGUGAAAAUAGACGAAAAUCGAAAUGUUUGGGUGAUAUCCGAUCGAAUGCCAAAUUUCUUAAUUUCAACAUUAGACUAUACCGAUACGAAUUUCCGGAUUUAUUCGGCACCAUUGCAACGUUUGGUGGCUGGCACUGUGUGCGAUAUUACCAAUCGCAUUUCGAGUCGAUUUGGUUUGAAUUCGAUUCUGUCAUCGAAACCAAGUGGUUCAAAUCUAUUUACAAAUGCCGUUGGAUUAAGUGCAUACAAAUCACUUAACACAAAUCCGUUAGCCUCUCCAAAUCAAUUGCAAAAUUUGCAAUCGGUUAAUCAGCCAUUGAAUGCUCAAGCGCUUCAAGUGCCGUUACAACCAAUUACACAGAUUUCACAAAUCACACCAAUCGCUCAAAUUUCACAAAUUCAACCGCUGAUAUACGAUCGACAAUACGAUGUUCGAGAACCGCUUACACAAUCUUUUACCACAAAACCAUUGGCGCCUAUUUUUGCACCCAAAUCCACUCCACAAAGUUAUUAUAAGAGCCAAAUUUUCACUGGUACGUCUCAAAGCCAAACGACGGCCGAUUUCGCAACCGCAAUUCAAAACCUACCAAAGAGUCCCAGUUGGUGGACAACGCAAUUGUGGUAAAAUGGUUUGUUCAUGUUUCCAUCCAACAGUAUACACAAUAAACAGUUAUCGCUUUGACAAUGUACACAUAUAUGACGCAGUUACCAAUAGUUACCUUAAUCAUAUGUUUUUUUUUUUUUCAAUAAUUAUUUGAUAGAGACUUUCCCCAUUUUUUUAUUAAAGACUCGUCGUUUUGACUUUUAUGAUGCACAAUAUGGACGCAUUCAGACAUUCAUAUAGGCUCGUUG